GGAAGAGAUUUAAAAAAAUAAAUAAAAGGAAGACAGACAGCGAGGGUGGGAGGGAGAGAGAAAUAGAAAAAAAGAAAGAUGUCAUCCUCUCGUUUGAAAAGCCGAGGCGAAGCUUGGAUUGCGGCCGAUCAGGGACUCUCUAGCUAGGGACACGAUUUUACGCAACACCGAGGCUUUGGAAUCCACCACCGCUUUGGCCUCUCGGAGCUAUCGAAAUAAAUGACUCUUCCUCCACGCAUUUACAAACAACUGCGGACUUAUUAUUACUUUUGAUAUAUUUUUCCUUAUUUUCAAUAACCAAAUUUAUGCAUCGAUUUGAGAAUAUAAUUUUUCCUUGGGCUAUAAUAUAAAUAUACAAUGUAAAUGCAUAAUUAAAAGCAUGCAUCAACCAUUUUGUCGCAUUUUAGUCAUGUUGCAUCCUUUCGUCCCACACCAUAUAACAACAUUUUAGUCUAACAUCAUUACUGUCAUAUAAUAUUGUCAUAUAGCUGACAGCCUUUCAAAAUUGAUCAUUCAUCUUCAAUAAUUUAUUUUAUUGAAUGCACCGCGAUUUAAACUUUCACACAGAAAUAUUCACCUUUUGAUAUUUGAAACUGCAGAGAGGAACUAGGUAGGCUAUUACAGCAGGUGGAGUGAUUCAUCAGUUGGCCCCAGCCUAUGGUUGGUUGGCCCCAAGUCUCAGGGGGAUAUAUAGUUCUAGUUUUGACACCUGGAAUAAAAGUAUCUGACAUCAUAGUGCUUCAAAAUGGAUUCUUCUUGGAGUAAUUUUCUGUUUCAGACUCCUCUCUCACAGACCCAGUCUGAGACAGCCCUCCAAUCAGAGCUGCUUCCGGACAUGACUGGCUCUGCCCAGAGCCCCCCUACAGAGCACAUAGCCCCUCCCCCAUCCACAGUGGACACAGCCGCCCUGAAUGAAGAGCCUUUACCUGAGAAGGCCGUCUCCAAGCCUGGCCGGCCGACACACAUCUGCAACACAUGUAACAAGCAGUUUAAAAACAACUACAACCUCCGGCGCCAUCAGUCGGUGCACACUGGCAUCAAAAUGAAGGACAGAGCAGCCAGAGAGAGGGAGGAUGGGAGCAAGGGAAGAGGAGAACGGCAAACAAUCCCUCUCUCCCUCCUCCACCUUUCUCUGCCCUCUCAUCCUCCUCCCGCAGAAUCCCUCCCCCAACCCUCCCCACUUGGAAACAAGGGGGGCCAACCUGUUGCGGUGUCCAUCGCCCCAGCUACCGUCACCAUGGCUGCGCCCCAGGUGCUCCAAGCUGCAGUUGUGGUUGCCGGGACAAUGGUACAGAACCAGAAUCUGGGGCCUCAACCCAACCCCAACCCCAACCAGGUGAGGAAGAACCAUGCGUGUGAGGCCUGUGGGAAGGCCUUCCGAGACGUGUACCACCUGAACCGCCACCGGCUUUCCCACUCGGACGAAAAGCCCUACCACUGCCCUAUCUGCCAGCAGCGCUUCAAGAGGAAAGACCGCAUGAGCUACCAUGUACGCUCACACCAAGGAGGGGUGGAGAAACCUUAUGUCUGCCCCCACUGCGCCAAGGGAUUCUCACGACCCGACCACCUCAACAGUCACGUCAGACAGGUGCACUCCACUGAGAGACCCUUCAAGUGCCCGACCUGCACGUCUGCCUUCGCCACGAGGGACCGUCUCCGUGCCCACCUGAUUCGCCAUGAGGAGAAGGUGCCGUGCCACAUCUGUGGCAAGCUCCUCUCUGCCGCCUACAUCACCGAUCACAUGAGGGUCCACAACCAAUCACAGCACCAUGCCUGCCACCUGUGCAACCGCAGCUUCACCACCCUCACCUACCUGCGUGUCCACGCUCAGAAACACCACGGCCAGGAGUGGAAGGAGAGCGGCGGGACACGGGGCAUGUUCGGCGGGGCCGGUGCCGGCGGGGUGCUGCUGUGCCAACUGUGUGGGGUGCAGUGCAAGACACCCACCCAGCUCCAGGGCCACAUGGGCACCCACGCCGUCACCCAGGUCCAGGGCGCCCCCAGCAGUAGCCUCGCGGGGACCGGUACCAUGGAUGUGGCCGUGUCUCUGUCAGGCAGCUCAACCGUGAGCCUGCUGGUCACUGACUGCUCCAGCAUCGCCCCCCAGCCUCUCAGCUAGCAGCCAGGCCCAUUGGAGGGAAGGGGGAGAGGGGAUUGGAGGUAGAGGAGUUUCGUGGAGACUGCAGUCAGGAGAGAGGAGUGGAUGUGGCUCUGGGGUGAAGUUUCCCCUAAGUACAGAUGUAGGAUCAGCUUCCCCUCCCCAAUCCUAACCUUAACCAUUAGUGGGGAAACUGGAAAAACGGACCCAGGAUCAGCAUAUAGGGGCAUUUACCCUACAGUGGAUGUCUAUGUAUGUUAUGAAGGCCAAAGUAUGCUGCAAACCAGGUCCCCUUUGUAUUUGAUCCUAUUUUAAAUGUUGCUGUUGUUUACGCAACAGUCACUUUCUCAACUGCCAUUGGUGGACACGAGAGAGGGGAGGAAAGGAGAGACCAUGGAAUCCCCGUUUUUUUUUUUUCAAUUAAAUCCUACUGAACGAAAUAUAAAGUUUUCCGGUCCAAUAUGCCACUUUUCCAUUCACACAGAACACAAACUCCCAUAACAAUGUUUGGGAUUUUACAAAUACAUCGCCAUUUAUUUUCCUUGGAAAUAUUGAUUAUACAGUAUAUGAUCACCCAGACGCAGUAUGAGCUGUGGUCCUACAUUGGCUUUUAGCUUUUUCAAAUGAACUGUCUCCAAGAAAGGACUGUUGCCUUUUCAUCAGAAAUAUGUCAUCACCAUGUAACUUUACCCUAUGACUGAUAGACAGGUGGCAUCAAAUGGGUAUUUAUUUGUAUAUUUGUCCACUGAAUGCUCGUCUUUCUUUGCUUUCUAUGAUCUUGUUAUUAUUCUGGAUGCUCUGAUUUUUUUAUUCUCUCAAAGUUGCAUUGGUCUGAAAAGUAUUUGUACUUUUGUGACACGUUUUUGUGAGACUGUAUUCUUGACUGUUCAUCUGUUGGUGUAGAAUCUCCUCUGUUAACGUCACUGUAUUAAAGCCGUAGUAUGUAUAACCUA